CUUUAAAACACUUUACGUGAUUUAUUACAUCGAAAUAUAUCAUAUAAACAGUCAGCGAAUCGUUAGUUCUUCCGGGAAAUAUGUGAAUAUUAAUAUCGGGAGUGUCGUGCAAAGUAUCGCGCGAUUGUCGUAUUCUCAUAAUUAAUAAGUGCGCAAUCGUUAUUAAUUAUGUUUUCGCGAGUGAGUGUCAUCAAGAAGCAGCAACGAAUGGAUAAGAGGAAGAGAAAUCCAGAGGAACACCAAGGGAACAACAAUCUCAAGACUGUCAACCUUGGAAGAUCGCCCACAAGUAAUCCGUCCGAGCUGAAGCGAACUCUCUCAAGAAUCGAGACGUCGACGAUCGGAAUGUCACUCGUCCCUCACCUCGCGUCACCUGAUAGAGCGCGCGACUUAACGAAUGAAUGAAACUCGCUCGCAGGAGAACAACAGACGCGAUUCUGCGACGCGCUGGCCUCCUUGGAGCAAUAUCUCGGACGAUAUCAGCCGGAUACCUAAUACGCCCGACGAACGAACGGACUUCCCCGGGCAGGCAGGUAUACAGAGCACCUCGGCGCAUCGUCGGUAGCCCCGAGGGCGACCGGGUAGACGUAGGCGCGGUUGUUCUUCAGCGACACCCAUGUGGAUACCAUAAUGGCCUCCGCAACUCCAAUCGCCGUUGCAGAGUUUAUAUACGUUUGGUGGGGUAGAGCGCGACGCGCCAAUCGCGAACGCGCCUGGCACCCUUCACAGGCUUCGCCUUGAGUAGCGCCGCUGCGGCGACUCUCGGAAACGGUGAACCAGGCUCCGGGGAGCGGCUCGGGCUUCAUUAUGUAUCAUUAUACCGGUCCGCGUCGCGCGGUGUGCACUGCAGUUACUGGAACCAGACGCGCGUGUGUGCUCUUCUCUCCUCUUCUAUACGCCCUGGUCAUCGUCGUCUUCUUCUCUUACUUUCUUCGUCCAGUCGGUGCGCGCGCGAUACGCUCGUCGGGCCAAGUGUAAUCGCGGCGCGACGCGCGUAAAAAGCACACCGUCGCCGAGGAGGUGCGCGAGCGGGCGCGCGCGCGGGUCCACGACGUGCAAUUAAAUGAAAUCGGCGACGGGCGCGAGUGUCGAGUAGAGGACACCCCGAUAUCCUGGUCUCUCGGAGUCUACCGUUUUCGGUCGAUGUGAUCGCGGACCGCGAGUACCCCGAGUCAAGCUGUCAUCAUCGCUCGUCGCGACGCGGAAGCGCGAGGGACCGAUAUGUCGACGGCCUGGUCGCGACGUCGCGACGCGUCUCCGUUUGGCAGCCGAGCGACCACGAGCUGACACGAGCACCGGACAGUCAUCAUCGAGUAGCAUCGACCUGGACCCUCUCUCUCUCUCUCCCGGAGAGGCUGGCUUUGCGACAACAGUGUUUCCGCGAGGAUCAGUACGCGUGUGAAGUGGACAAGUGUGACAAGUGGUGUCGGAGCUGAGAAACAAAAACAUCCGAGCGACGGGUGAGUGCGACGGCUCACGUGCAAGCGUAGACUCCGCCGGAAGCGAGUGAAUAUAUUCUCUCGAACAUCGCGACAGUGCGCGACUCGAGGUGACCUAACCGAGUGCGAACAAUCGAACUCCGUUUCUACGAGCGCGAGUUUGGAGGAGGUUCGAAGGAGGUUUCCAACCCGACGGCGGCUGUCGGCGCCGAUGUCGGCUCGCCGCGCUUGCUCCGACACUCGCUCGUCCUGGUAGCGUCGCGCGCCUACCUAGAGUGGCCCCAAGAUUCGGGCCCCGUACGGAGGCCGGGCGGCGGCGACGACGUCGUCGGCGAGUCUAGCGAAGAUCGUGGGCUGUGGCGGCGGCAUUGACGUCGUGUCUAAGGUGGAGCGUCCGGGCAGCACGACGACGCUCAACUUCACGGACCUGGGGAGCCCAUUCGGGGCGGGCGACCCCUGUCCGUCGAGUACCCCGACCCCGAAUAGCAUGUCGGGCGGCGGCGGACCGACCGGCGGCAGCGGCGGGGGCGGCGGGGGAGGCGGCGGCGGCGGCGGGACCGGGGGCGCCAAUUCCGACAUGGAGCAGCAUCUUCAUCACGCCGGCCUCGGCUCGGUGACGCCCGGGCCGCCCGGCGGGAACGGCAGCGACAGCACGACGUCCAGCACCCCCGUCUCCCAGAGCGGCAAGUCCGCCUUCAUCGAGCUCCAGCACAAUAAUCUGUAUAACCCGGCGAGUCUACGAAGCGGUUACCCGGGCGGCCACAACGUCCCCGGCGCCCAUCAGUUCUCGCAUCAGGUCGGCUCGCUCGCGGCCCACCAGGGCUCCGGCCCCGGCAGCGGGAACCAGCAGCACGCGGACGCGGGCUUCCCCAGUCCUAGAUCCGCGCUCGCCGGAUAUCCGUUCGCGCCCAUGCACCAGCACAACGCCUACGGAUAUCACCUGGGAUCGUACGCCCCCCAGUGCCCCUCGCCGCCCAAGGACGGUGAGUACCCCAACUGGUGGUGCAUGUUCGCAGACCUCUCGCCACUAGGUGAUAAAGGCGGAAGUCUCGUCGACGAGCUGGGCGGCGGCGGCGGCGGUUCCCUGAGGAACGGCAAGGGCAAGAAGAUGAGGAAACCGAGGACGAUUUACAGCAGCCUGCAAUUGCAGCAGCUCAACAGGCGGUUCCAGAGAACGCAGUACCUCGCGCUACCGGAAAGAGCGGAGCUCGCGGCCAGCCUCGGACUCACGCAAACACAGGUGAAAAUCUGGUUCCAAAACAGAAGGAGUAAGUACAAGAAAAUGAUGAAGGCAGCGCAGCAGGGCGGGGGUGGCGGUGGUGGCCAGCAUGGCAGCCUUCUAGCCGGUGGCACCGCUCUACCCGGAGGACCAUCCCCUCAACCUGGUCAACCCGGAAGUCUCAUGCAAGGUGGAGGCGGAAGUUCCGUGUCGGGCAGCCCGACGACGGGUUACUUGGGUGGCAUGGGUGGCGGGGGCGGCGGUCACACCCCCGGCAGCUCGAGCCCCGGAAGCGAGAUGUCGCCUCAGCACAACGAGAGCCCGCCGGCGCCGUCCUGGCCGGGCGAGAUGAAGCACCAUCCGCAUCCGCACGCGCCGCCCCACACCCAUCAUCACCCGCACACGCCCGGGCAUCAUCCACCGCCACCGCCACCGCCGCCACAUCACGCAGGCUACAUGCCGCAGUACUCCUGGUAUCAGGCGGACCCCAAUCCCGGGCUACUCACGGUAUGGCCAGCGGUUUAACGAAGACGACCCUCGAACUGAGUUCAGGUGAAACACCUCUUCGUGGCACCGUGGACGUGCUCCAGCGGUCUCGCCCCAAAGUGUGAAUAUGUGUAGCGCCUCUCGUGAGGAAAAAUUGAAUGUUAAUAUUGUUUCUAAUUGUCUAACAAAAUCCGCAUGCCGGUAUCCGUGCGGGCCGUCCGUCAAAGUGAGAACAGUACGAACAGUGCGGCAUGGUGUGUGACACGCACGUACGCGCCCUUUAGCGAAAUAUUAAUAAUAAUAAUAUUAAUGAGAUGAGUAAUAUGUGCAACCACAAAUGCCGGUCUUAGACCGACAAUGGCGCGCUGUCAAAGAAUGUUUCCGACGAGACACUUCUAAGCUAACGAAGAGGACCGAAUUUCCAGCCAACGUGGACUAGAGAUGUCAAUGGAGCAAAUCAUGAACGGUUCGUGUGCAUCGUGUGCAUGGCUUUUGACUGAUAAGUGACAUUGUUUCGGUGCGCGCUGUUCCGUUGGAAAGAAAAACGAGACGUUGUUUUCCCGGCAUGGAUUCAGUGUUGGUUGGAAGAAGAAAGGAGCGACGUUGUAUGGUGAAGUAAAUAUAUAAAAUGGGUGAUAAUAUAUAAUGUCGAUAGCAAUGGUUUAUGACAUAAAAUUGCCGAAAAUUGGCUCCGACGAAUGACGUCGUUUUCGUUUGAUGAUCUCGAUGUCCGAUUUACGAGUUUGGAGGGUACUUGUAACGCUUCGCGUAUAAUUGAGUGAUUAUCACGACUGUAACGCUUUUCGUGUUUGACAAGUAAUCGUUGUCGCAAAAAAAUAUAAAAGUCGCGAGAAAUCUUUUUCCUGGGAAAGUAAAAUGGCUUCUAUAUGUCUGUUCGUGUCGACCAUCGCAAUUACGUGCAUCGGAUCUAAUUUGAUUGCUACGGUUAAUUAUAAGCAAAGAUUGUCUCCAAGUAAUUGUUUCCAUUGUGAAAAUGUUGUCCAUAAUGUUUGUCAAUUGCGUGAAAUUGCGUACCGGUUUUAAUUGCUACAAUUAAUUGUUAAUUAAACCACAAGAGUUACGCGAUACAAUUAUUUUCUAUGAAAACAUAUUGAGUCGACGUUACCGCUGCAAUUACCAAAACUAAUCGAAUCACGUGAAACACAAUUAGAUGUUAAAUAAUUGUAUUUAUAUAUGUCAGAAGUCUUAAAUCUGCAAUCUGUAGAAAGAUAUUUCCUUUAUCUUUCAUUUGUCAAAAUGAAAUAAUUUCUAAUUUAACAUUUCGAUUUAAUAUUUCAACAUUUUAAAUAUUGAGUUGCAGAUUUUUUAUUAGCAUUAUUAAAAAUUGCUUUCUUAAACUUAGUUGUCAGAUAUGAUAAAGUAUUUAAACUCGUUCAACUUCUUAUUCUUAAUUUUGACGAAUCUCGAUGGUUAUCGAAAAACGAUAAUAUGAUGGCAAUAAAUAUGACAUCCACGAUGAAAAUACGAAUACGCGAGUCAAAUUUGAAAUUCUACACCGGUGCUGGCUUCUGGUAAUUACAUUUAUUUCCAGAACAAAUCCUGUCAAAUAGCAGGAUCAAAUCGAGCAAUCUUUUUAUACGGCUCGAUCAACACGCGAUUUUCGUCACUUUUCUGAAUCUAGCACGAUCGUGCAUCUCUAAAGACCAAUUUCUGUCUCAUCGUAAAUGUCAAUUGCCGAUGACGUUAGGCGGAUCGAUCCUUUGUGACAGUUGCCCAACAACCGAGAGCGCAACCGACCUACUUCGUGCCGUAUUUCGCGCGGUAGAGAUGGAGAGGAACGGCAAGAUUGGCAGAACUUCUUUGAGAGAAGAUAAACGUGGGAUGAGGUAGGGGGAGGGAGAGAAGCGGAGGAAAAAGAGAGACAAUGUUGCAUAAACUCGUUGAGCAGUCGUUCCUCAAGGCAGUUGGAAGUAAUGAAAUCCUAAUGACAUUUUCGUGAGUCAAACGAUCUCGGCAAUCACGGUGGCUCGCUAUAAUCACCGGUCCCUUCUUCCCGGAUGAGGCAACCGGCCGCGGCCUCCUCCUUCGAGGAAAGAAGCGCGCGAGAGAUGAACGGACGUUGGGGGUUGAGUUGGAAGAAAAAUCGUUAUCUCGGCUAGCGAGUUGCCGAAUUCAUUAAGAACUUUGGAAAAUAUAUAAAGAAGACGUUGCUUGAAUUUUCGAUUAGUUGCCUAGAUUGUGAUUUCUUUUGUAACUCAAUUUAAUGCGCGAUUUGUUAGAUUUUUUUAGUUGCAAUAUUUUACCAUAACGAACCGAGAAUUCUUAUUUUAAAAGUAGCUAAUUUCAAAAAUAUUUAUUUAUUUAAUCUUAUUUACACGAGGAGUAUGAUUUUGUUUAAUGUAAAUUUUACAAAUUAAGAAAUCUCACAAGAAUGAAAAGGAAUGGUUUGCUGCUUCUCUUUUUUCUUCCAUUAUCGGAUUGCGAUCUAUGCUCGAAUUGAAAACUGGGCAUCCGAAUGCGCGACCUGUCGAGCUGCGGGCGAAUAAUGCGGCGGUCUGUUUUGCGCUGUUUCUUCUUCGUCGUCCUCCGUCAGCCAUAUUGGGUCACCCUUGCCAUCUUGCGUCGUGCAAUAUCUAGCUUUCCAAGAGGCGAUGCCAAACCGCAAAAACGACGGCUGUGGCUUGCAACCGCGGGAAACUGGGAGGGUCGGCGGGCCCCACCGCUGACCUAGAUCCACUGUCUUGUCGGUGC